AUGGGCAAAGCUCAGAAGAAAACUGGAAAGGGUCGUCUCGACAAAUACUACAAGCUAGCAAAAGAGCAAGGCUACCGUGCUCGAUCAGCAUUCAAGCUCAUCCAACUGAACAAGAAAUAUGGUUUCUUGGAGUCAGCAAGAUGCUGCAUAGACUUGUGCGCAGCACCUGGUGGUUGGCUCCAGGUAGCCAGCAAGUACAUGCCCGUAAACAGUCUCAUCGUCGGUGUUGAUUUGGUCCCCAUCAAGCCCAUCCCUCGGGUUGUCACCUUCGCUUCAGACAUCACUACCCCCCAAUGCCGCAACCUCAUACGCUCUGAGCUCAAGGAUUGGAAGGCAGACGUGGUAUUACACGACGGCGCUCCAAACGUCGGUACGGCAUGGGUGCAAGACGCAUAUUCGCAGUCGGAGCUCGUCCUCAUGAGUCUGAAACUCGCCGUGGAAUUCCUAAUGAAGGGCGGAACCUUCGUCACGAAGGUCUUCCGUAGCGCCGAUUACAACAACCUCAUCUGGGUUUUCAGCCAGUUAUUCGGCAAGGUGGAGGCAACAAAGCCGCCCUCUUCCCGUAAUGUCUCGGCCGAAAUUUUCGUUGUCUGCAAAGACUUUCUGGCUCCGAAGCACAUCGAUCCCAAAUUUCUCGACCCCCGACAUGUCUUCAAGGAGCUUUCAGCUUCUACCACUAUAGCUGGGGAUAAGGGAAACUCGGCCAACAAUGUUCAAGCCAACGUCUUCCAGCCGGAAAAGAAACGUCGAAAGCGCGAGGGAUAUGCUGAUGGAGACUACAUCCUCUACAAAGUCGCUGGCGCUGCAGAUUUCAUCAGGACAGACGAUCCAAUCUCGCUUCUCGGAAGUGUAAACAAGAUCACCUUCGAGAAAGAUGAAGAAAAGGAGUGGCUGACACUCGAUGUUACAACGCCAGAUGUGAAAGCAAACUGCGACGAUCUGAAGGUUCUCGGGAAAGGCGAUUUUAAGACGCUACUGAAGUGGAGAGUAGCUCUUCGGCAAGAGAUUGGUUUGGACGUCAAGCAAAGGGUCACAGAGGAAAUCACCGAGGUUGCGGAGAUCGAGGAAGUGGACGACGAGCAGCAGAUUCAAGAGGAGCUGGAGCGUCUUAACGCAGCGUCCGCCGCUCGCACUAAGCGUGAACGUCGAAAAGCCAAUGAGACAAAGCAACGCACCAUCCAACGCAUGCAACUUCAAAUGACUGCCCCCCUCGAUAUUGGUCUGGAGCAAGCAGAUGCUGCAUUGGGUUUCGGCCAAGACGAUGUCUUCGACCUCGGUGGAGCGGAGCAGGCCCUGAGAAGGGGAUCACGUAGUUAUGCUCGUGGCGACUUGGAAGAAGACGACGAUGAGGUUGAGCAUACGCACGGGGUGCAAGGUUCACGCGGUGAGGAUGCGAUUGAAGAAGAUCUAGGCUCUGACGAUGACCGAGAGAGGAUGGUCAGUGCUAUGGAGGCGGAGUUGGACGGUUUGUACCAGUCCUACCGGCAGAAGUUGUCAGAGAGGGAUUCGAAGUUCAAAGUCAAGGAAGCGCGCAAGAAGAACAAGGAGCGCGAGGAAGAAUGGGGCGGUAUAGGGAACAGGAACGACGAUUCCGACGAUUCCGACGACGACGAGAUGUCAGAGGAAGGGGGGUGGGACAAGCUGGCGAAUACGAAGGAGGAGGAUGAGAGCAGCGAUGAAAGCGACAGCUCCUCAGACGACGAGAGACUAGGCAAGCGGAAACACAGCGUUGCAGAGGCCCGGACGCGGAAGCGGCAAAAGCUUUUGACGACCCUCGAAGAGCCAGCGCAACCCUCCCGAACGACCCAACUUUGGUUUAGUCAGGACAUGUUCGCUGGUGUGGACGGAUUGGAUGACAUGGACGAGGACGAGCCAGAUGAAGAUACGCAAAUGGGCUCCCUGGCUGACCCCACCCCUGAAGAGCAGUCGGAGGCCGAGACACCUUCGGACGACGGCGACGAUUUUGAGGUCGUACCCCAGGACUCUGAUGCUGAUGCAGUUAUGUGGGACGUGAAUGACGAGGAUCAGGAUGAGGCCAAACGAGUGCAGAUACGCAAACAUGGCUUGACGACGGCAGAAGCCAUGACAUUGGCUCAGCAGCUUGUCAACCGGGAGAAGACGAAGACACAGCUAAUCAAUGACGGCUUCAAUCGAUAUUCACUUAAUUCCAAGGAAGACCUCCCUUCGUGGUUCUUGGACGACGAAUCCAAGCACUACAAGCCGAAUAUACCGGUCACGAAAGAGGCCAUCCGCGCGCUCCGAGCGAAGAUGCGAGCCCUCGACGCACGUCCUAUCAAGAAGGUCGCUGAAGCGAAAGGCCGCAAGAAGCUCAGGGCUGCACAACGCCUAGAGAAAGCGAUGAAAAAGGCUCAGGGAGUCACGGAGGCGUCAGAUAUGACUGAGAGGGAAAAGGCGCAGCAAAUUGAGAAACUCAUGCGCAAGGGCUUGUCGAGCGGAAAGAAGAAGAAAGAGACUAAAGUUGUGGUCGCGAAGGGCUCGCACAAAGGUAUCAAGGGCAGGCCGAAAGGUGUCAAGGGUCGCUAUGUGAUGGUGGACUCGCGUAUGAAGAAGGAAGUGCGAGCGAAGAAACGCACGGAGAAGGCGAACAAGAAGCGCAGAUAG